AUGGUGACGAAUGCUGUUCUGGGUGGAAUAGCGGACACGGUUGCACAGUCGAUAUCCGCCAUAAGUGCUAGAUGCAAGGAACUACCGAGGCACCGGGACACAACCAGCUUCAUAUCAAUUGAUUUGCAAGACUUGGAGAAGGAAAAACCACCAGCCGUGGGAGAGCUGAAUUUCUACAGAAGGCGGCCUGCUCCGUUUGACUUUGAGAGACUCACUCGCUUUAUGGCAUAUGGCUUCUUCAUGGCGCCCAUCCAGCACCGGUGGUUCAGCUUCUUAUCCCACAUAUUCCCGGUGACCCAGUCCCAUGCAACCAUUCCAGCAUUGAAGCGUGUUGCGAUGGACCAACUCAUCUUUGCUCCAAUCGGUAUAUAUUCUCAUUCUCACCCUCACACCCCGCCCUACUGCAGAGUGGGAGGAGAAGAUAACUAA